GACCUCUUCAUUUCUACAGUUGAAGUUGGUGAGUGGCUGAGUGGUGUGGAUGGCAAGCAUGUUCACUCGAGUGCUCUCCGGACGCAACACGGCUGUGAUCAUGGCUGGCCUGGGUGCAGGUACCCUGGUAUCCAGCUACUUCAUGCCUGAGUCAGGAGUCUCUGCUGGGGAGAAAAAGAAGCUGUACCCACCCAGUGCUGACUACCCAGACCUGCGCAAACACAACAACUGCAUGGCUUCUACCUUGACCCCUGCUAUUUAUGGCCUUCUGAGGGACAAGCUAACCCCCAAUAACUGGAGCCUUGACCAAUGCAUUCAGACUGGAGUGGACAACCCUGGUCAUCCCUUCAUCAAGAAUGUGGGCAUGGUGGCUGGUGAUGAGGAGAACUAUGAGGUGUUUGCUGAAAUCUUUAACCCAGUCAUUAAGGACAGGCACAACGGCUAUGAUCCUACAACCAUGAAGCACCCAACAGAUCUGGACAGCUCAAAGAUCACCUCUGGGAUGUUUGAUGAGAACUAUGUGCUGUCGUCGCGUGUGCGCACAGGCCGCAGUAUUCGUGGGCUCAGUCUGCCACCCGCCUGCCACCCGCCUGCACUAGAAAAAAGACAGUUGACUGGAUUUCCCUGA